AUGCUACAGUCUGAGAAGCUCGUCACAUCUCUGAGCUUCCUGCCCCCACCCUGGGGCGACUGCAGCUCCGCAUCUCUGGACCCCGACUUUGAGCCAGAACCUUCGGGUCCCCCCAGCCCUAGCCCAGGCCCCCACCCUCCCUAUAGUCUAAUGGGGUGUCGCCUAGCCUGUGAGACGCGCUACGUGGCUCGGAAGUGCGGCUGCCGAAUGAUGCAUAUGCCUGGCGGGGCGCCAGUGUGUAGCCCCCAGCAGUACAAGGACUGCGCCAACCCGGCGCUCGACGCCAUGCUGCGGAAGGACGCGUGCACCUGCCCCAACCCGUGCGCCAGCACGCGCUACGCCAAGGAGCUCUCCAUGGUGCGGAUCCCCAGCCGCGCCUCCGCCCGCUACCUGGCCCGGAAACACAACCGCAGCGAGGCCUACAUCGCAGAGAACGUGCUGGUGCUGGACAUCUUCUUUGAGGCCCUCAACUAUGAGACGGUGGAACAGAAGAAGGCCUAUGAAGUGUCAGAACUGCUUGGUGACAUAGGGGGCCAGAUGGGGCUGUUCAUCGGAGCCAGCCUGCUCACCAUCCUUGAGAUCCUGGACUACCUCUGUGAGGUAUUCCGAGACAGGGUCCUGGGAUACUUCUGGAACCGAAAGCACUCCCAAAGGCAUUCUGGCACCAAUCUGCUUCAGGAAGGGCUGGGCAGCCACCGAAUCCAAAGUUCCCACCUCAGUCUGGGCCCCAGGCCUCCCACCCCUCCCUGCGCUGUCACCAAGACUCUGUCUGCCUCCCACCACACCUGCUACCUCGUCACACGGCUCUAGACCCGGUGUCUGUGUCUACAGGGCUACACCCUGACAUCCUGGACAUGCCCCGCCUGCUUGUGUCUCUGCCAUCUUCACCCCAAAUAAAGUUCUAGU